CUCAAAUACAAUCAGUGACAGCAAGGUUUGUUGUCAGGAAGUUGCACAAAAAAAAAAAAAGUUACUGAUUGACAAAACACCAACAUGAACUAUCGAUGCUCUUCUUGAGGGAUAAAACUGUCAAAAGGAGCAGGUCAUGAACGAGAAUUUUAACAGAGCCCCCGGAGCAGGGAGAAGCCGCAAUCUUCCAGCAGACUCCGGACUACCGAGUGCGGUUUGGAACAGUGACAGUAACGUGACGCUUUUCAACCAAAGGGAACCUUUGAGACAGCCGAGAACAUAUCCAGCUCCCGGCGACUGCAACAUUACUACAGCCACGGAAAAUGGCGCUGGUGGAGGCAGUAAAAGACAGAGCAAAGGCCAUCAAAGCAUAAACACCAACAGCCCUUCUGUCGCCAGUGGGUCUAAUCAUUUGGAUUCCUUGGUUGAGUCCUCCAAACUCUCUGCCAGUGCUCCAGAGUUUGUCCCUGCUGUUGUGUACCAAAAUGAUACUUUUUAUGACAACGAUGAAGACAAUUUCAGCGCUCCAUCUUUGGCUGAUAUGGUCAGAGACUUCCUUUGCCACCUGAGCUCCUCACCUGGAAUGUUUGAGUCAGACGUUGAAUACAUAACAAGCGUGCUUAACUCCUUCAUUACCACAGAGGAGUUGUUGGCAGAGCUGGUGGAGCUGAUCUACACAGAGUCCACAGCCAUUCCCAACUUUGCCUAUACAGGCGCGCGACUGUGUAACUAUCUGUCCCAUCAUCUUAGUCCGCCCAGCGGGAACUUUCGUCAUCUGCUCUUGAUAAGGUGUCAAAAAGAAUUUGAGCAGAGAGAUGUGGCCAUACGAGGAGAUCCAGAAACUCAGAAGAAGUUCCACGCCUUUGUGCUCUUUCUAGGAGAGCUCUAUCUUCAUCUGGAGGUAAAGAGUAGCAAAGGACCUUUAAACCGAGCUCAGAUUCUUUUGACUGCAUUGCGGGACCUGUUGAGCACUUUACUCUCCAAUCCUGUAGAUGCAAACAUCAUCUGCGCAGUUAAACUACUCAAGCUAACAGGCUCUGUCCUGGAUGAUGCUUGGAAAGAAAGUGGGGAACCGCACAUGGAGGAGCUGAUACAGAGGAUUGAAACCAUAGUACUGGAUGCUACAUGCAGCAGGGAUGUCAGACAAAUGCUUCUAAAGCUAGUGGAGUUGAGGUCUAGUGACUGGGGAAGAGUGUGUGCCGCCGUGGCCAGCAAUGCUACACCCGACAACGACCCCAACUACUUCAUGAAUGAGCCCACAUUCUACACAGAGGACGGAACUCCUUUUACAGCAGCAGACCCAGAAUACGCUGAGAAGUAUCAAGAAAUCCUGGAGAGGCAAGACUAUUUCCAUGAUUUGUGUGAGGAAAAUGAAAAUGAUGAAUACGACUUUGACGACGAGAUGGAUCCUGAGAUUGAAGAAGCUUUUGAGAAUUUCUGCUUGGAGUCUGAGAGGAAACGGCAACAAUGACACCAAGGAGUAGUUGAUGUCAAGCAUACAGAACAGUUCUUCGCCAUAAAGUUGUAAAACAAAACAAAACAAAAAACAACUAUCAGCCUCCAAAUAUUUCACAAAAAAAACAUUUUAACAAAGCUGUUUAUAGUCGCACUUCAGAGUCUGACACCUUUUAUUUCCUCAAGUCUGUGUAGGUUAGAAAAAGAAGACAAUGGUUAAAAAAAAUGUUCAGAUAUUAAUAUUUUUUUCUGUCCUGGAAGUUCCCAUUGUUUGUUUUUGUUUUCCAGAAAUGUAUUUUACUUGUCUUGAGGGACAGAGUGCUGUGAAUUUUCUGCUGUGGGGUUUGUUUUUCUCAUUUCCAAAUUUGUUCACAACAUGCACAAGUCUAUGUUAACAUCUGAAAUUGUUUAAAUUGUCUCAUCCUGAAUGUAGGCCACAAUCUUGGGGUCAACUCAACUGCAUUAGGCGUUGGUCGUAAUCUCAAACUGCAAAGACUGUUGUUUUUUUUCACCCCCUCAGAGCCCGUGUUAAGGAAUGUUGUUUUAUAGUGUUGGCAUUUUAUUUAUAGUAUUGUUUGCCUGCAAUAAAAUCUUUAUGUGA